GCCAUGUUGUGUCAGGCUCCGUGACGUGCGGUUUUUUUUAUAUGGAGACGGAUUAAUCUUUUCCUUGCUGAUUUGACGGAUUUUUUCAGUUUAGCCUGCCUUUUGGAGAUUAUUUUCCCCAUGUCAAUCACGAAAUAGUCUUCGGGGCGAAAAAAUUGCGGACGGAGAAAUUAGCGGUGCAGUUCCCGACUCGCUCUGCCUGAGCACGGACGCCAACAUGGCGGACGAGGAGGAGAACAGCCUGACAACCGAGGACGGGGCUGUUACAGAACCGCAGCACGGCAACAGUCGUCUGGAGAGCCUAGCACAUCAAGAGGCCACGUCGCAUGUCCCCUGCGCCAGUGUGCCCUGCAAGCAGUUCGAGGUCCAUUCCUGCCAAGUGUUGCCGGAAUAUGUUCAGGUGGCCGUGGAGGAAGGGGCGACUCAGGUGGUGAGCACGCUGUCCGAUGAUGGGGAUGGACUCCUGAAUGCUACCGGGAUCUUGAAUUCUUUGGGAGAGGCUCCUCCGUCUGUUGGCACCAUGGCAGCGGUGAGUGCUGGUGACUUCGCCGUGGCCGAGGAGCUGGAAAGUAUUUCUAUCGAGUCCACCCCCAGCACCAUUAUUUACGUACAACCCGAUGGUACUUUUGUGGAAGGCACUGGAUUGACCCCAGAGGAACAACAACAACUGGUUGAGCAGUUAACAAAGCAACAAGGACUGGUAGAAGUAAGUGAAAGUGAAGCGGCUCAAAUGUUCGGCAGUCAGCAGCAGCAACAGCAACAACAUCAUACACAAUUUGUGCAGCAUGUUGGGAUAACGGAUGAACUGCAGCAAGUCAUCGCCCAUGUUACUAAAUCCCAGCAACAUGCUGCACACUUCGGCAAAACCACUGCCGUCCAUUUGAAUUCUGAGCCUCCUGAAAAUCAGGUACUACAGAAAAGCAGUCUAACUUCGUGUGUUGUCCCCGAAACUCGAGUGCUUCCAACAGAUCAAAAUCAGAUGAUACAAGUUCCUGUAUGUAAUUCUCUGAUGCCGCAGGUGCAAACAGGUGUUCAAUCAAGUCAGGUUGUCCAUAGGAUUGAUUCGUGCAACCCAGCUCAAGUUCAGCAAAUAACUAUUUCUACUCAGUCUUCUACCGUAAACCAGCCUAGUCAACCUAAGAUUCCAACGGCAGUUUCACAGCAGCAGGCUGCGUAUACUCAACCAUUGACGAUCGUUCACAAUGCAGCACGACAGUUGCAGAAUGCUGCCCAUCAGGCAGUCCUUCAGCAGAAUUUACAACAAAGUAUUGCACAUGUACAACAAAAGAUGGCCCCAUUGCGAGUAACAUCUUCGGCACAGCAUCAACUAGAUACUGUUCAAGUUCACAUUCAAACUGUCCCAUCCCAAGAGGAGAAAGAUAGGCCGAUGCCACCUUUAGCAGUAGUGCAGCCUAAAACAGCAGCAUCCAAUCAGGUGGCUAACCAAAGAACAACUGUAUCCGGAGGAGUUAAUAUUUCUGGACCUCAGAUCAUUAGAAUACAGCCUCUUUCAACCACUGGGUCACAACAGUAUAUUUUGCACAGCUCUUCAGAACCUCCAAUUCAACUACUUGUUCAGCGGCAGCCUCCACCACUUGCACCUGUAAAUUCUAUACGUAUGAUUCCUGGGGUAACCAUCAGUGGUCAGUCUGGCAUUUUCACUAAUACUGUAAGUACCACAAUAACUACUUCCACAACAGCAGUAGCAAAUUCAAUUUCUACUAGUCACGUGAAGAAGCAGGAAAUUAGUGAUAAAUCAAAGGAAAAAAAGCCUGUGAAGAUCAAAACUCGAUCUGGUCGUAUAUCGCGACCUCCAAAAUACAAAGUUAAAGACUACAAGUUCAUCAAGACAGAAGAUUUGGCAGAAGGCCAUCAAUCUGAUUCAGAUGACUAUUCUGAAUACAGUUUUGAGGAAGAAGAUGUGAAAACAAAAAUAGAUGAUUCAAGCCUUUCAAUCCCUUGUUCAUUCAAGCCCAAAAAGUUUAAGUGUGACACGUGUGAAAAGUCUUACAUUGGAAGGGGUGGGUUAGCACGACAUUAUAGACUCAACCCAUCUCAUGGAGAGUUGGCUUCUGUCAUUGAGGAACAGAGAACCUCUGUGAGCAAAACCAAUGGAGAUGUGAUUGUUGGGGACACUGGAGGAGGUGGUGACAGAAAUGGCACAAUAGUUGAUGGACUAGAGACACAAUCUGUAAAUACUGACACUACAUCUGUGAUGGUGGGGAGCACAGACCUGUCAUCUCAAGACGUUCAACAGACUGGAAAAGUUACAUUAGCACAUUUCCCUGCGCGCCGCCGUACAGUAAAACGUGGCCGACCUCCAAAACACCACAACAAUAAUUAUCAUCAAGAACAAGUCAUGAAGAGGAAAGCAAGGCUAAAAGAGCUCCUGAAGCAGUGUGAUGAUGAGGAACUGAUGGAAUUGGCUCUCCCCAGACUGACUGAAGUCAUCACUCUUUGGGAAUUUCUGUUGAUGAAGGUAGAGAAAGGACAUCCUGCUAGACCACAAUUUCAAGAUGUAUAUAGAGAAUUUGAAAUGCUGCAUAAACAUGUGAAGAAAAUGGCUGAAGAGCACUUAAAUAAUUCCAUUCGAUUAACAAAUCCUCAACAGCCCUUACAGAUUUCUAGCCUGCAGGUAGCUGAGUCAUUAGGAAUAACUGAGCACAUGAAUAAGGAAAAUCAGCAAGAUGCAAGCGUGUCUCUGACCUAUAAAUUAGUGACUGUGGAUGACCAAAACCAUGUCAAUUCACCUGCAGAGAAACAUGUCAUGGAGCAAGACUUUGGAGCAUUAUCCCCUUUAACAAAACGAAUGAAAAUUGAUGAUUCGAUAGCAGGAACUGAAAGUAACUUGAACCAAAAUGGAAUAGAAAUAACUGGUGAAGGACAUUUACAAAGCUUAACUAAUGCAACAGACAAGAAAGAAAUUGAAAGCCCCGCCUUGAAUGCUUGUGAUCCACAUACAGAGUAUGGACCAACGGCAGAUCAGGAGGUGGAUAACCAUUCUGAUGGAGUGUUGCUUUCCGCGGAUGUUAAGAGUUCCAGUUCCAUGGAACAGUCUACUUCUGAGGAAUUGUGUUAUCAGGUGACUCAAGUAAACCUGUCGAAUUCUCAACUUCCCCUGUUGGAAACCCACAAUGAAGUCCUUAAUAAUACUAUUCAGGGAGGAGAUUUUUUAAGUAUGGACACAGAUCUUACAGCAGAGGAAUUGGUUCAAGAACAAUUGUCCAGUCAAAAUAUUUCCGAGCAGUUGAACAAUGCUGAAUUAACUCCCACUGUGGAUGAAAUGACCAAUCAGAAUUCACUACUUUCAGACAUGGUUAAGGUCAGCCAAAAAGAUUGCGAAGCAAGCAACUCUGUUCAGGAUUUGCAGCAUACUAUCAACAGCCAGGAUCCACUUGGCAAUCAGGAACAAAGUGAGCAACUCAAUGAUUCUGACAUAGCAGAUCAAAUGCAGCAGCUUGAGAAGGCUCUCUCUCAAGAUGUGGAGCCCAUAGGUCAGGAUUGUCACAGGCAACAUCAUCAGACUGAACAGACUUUUGAAGCUGAAAUUUCCCCCCAAGUAGUUCUCAAUAGUCAGGUAUCCUCUGAAGAAGUGAAUGGGUUGCAAGUAGCAAAUCAAAGUAAAAUAAUAGGUCACUUUGAAGAACCGAAUGUGGAUGAAAGAAAUCAUGAAAGUUCAGAAGAUAUUAUAGAAAGUACAGUGACAGAAGAUGGAGCAUUAGAAUUCCAACUGCCUGUUGGGGGUCAAGAGCUAUUGUCCCAGGGACACGAGCAGAUCUUCAUUCAAACUUCUGAGGGUCUCAUUGUGUCACAUGAAGGAACAGCUGUUGUGUCACAGACAUCUGAAGGCAUUGUUAUCGUAACUAAUGCUGAUGGUACUACAAUGCACAUACGAACACCUGAUGGUGUUCCCUUUGAAACUGUUGAAGCACUUUUGGCAAUGGAUUCUGAAGGGCAAAGUGAAGGCUUGUUAGUCUCACAGACACAAACUGAAGUGGAACAAUAACUUGAAUGCCCUGACCUUCUGAUUAGAAAAGCAAAAAUAACUAAAAGGAGGUUUUUACGUGUUCUGUGAACUGAUAUAGUACAAAAAUAAGGCUGUUCAUUUUUGUAAAAGAAACUAGAGACCUUUUCCUGUUAUGUUCUGGUGAACAUUUAUUAAUUACUUAAUGUAUUUUUGUGUUAAACUUUAUCAUCCCCUGAGUUAACAAGUCUUGUACAAAACUGAGUAGAAGGUUUUGAGAGUGGUUACCCUCCAUGUUGCAAUGUGCAUGGCAAGGUACGCAAGUUAAUUUUAUAAAAUAAAUCCAAUUUUAUUUAUUGUUUUCUGGAACAUACCCUUGACUGCAGUUGUCCAGAAAAUGUGAUGUUGCUGCACUGAAAUUGAAAGCUUUCUUUGUAUCUUUAACUCCUUAUUGCUUAUUCAAUAUACUUAUUUUGCCAAAAUAGCAUUUGUAUAUGUUCUACUGCCUUUUUUUGAAACUGCCUUUAAAGGAUUAAUUGUACUCCCAUGAAAAGGUUAUAAUAAAUAUAAAUCUGUUACAUUGGAAAAGUGAAAUUUUUGUUAAAAUUUUAAUAGUUUAAUCUUCGUCGUUCAUCUCAAAUGACAGGGAACAUGCAUAUUAUGUAGUAAACAAAAUUUGUUUAGAUCACUUGUAAAUGAUUGAAAUCUUUAAAUUUGCAAAAAGUCUACAAGUUUUUUGGUACUUCCUGAUUUAAAACACUGAAUUUAUUUAAAUUAGUCUUCAUGACUGUUCUAAGUACAAGGAGGAUAAAGUUUUUUCUCCACUAAACGUUUUACUGGGGUAGAGUUUUAACCACCAAAUUUGAUCACUUAGGAAAUUAGACUUCAAGCAGUUGAGAACACAGUGCUUUUAUUAUGAACAUUUACUGAUUGGAUAACCUGCUAAACAAAAUAAAUUGCUGAAUAUUAAUACUGAACCACAUCGGUUAUGAAAACUGUGUGGCAUCAACACAUUUUUUGGGCUAUGUAUUUGUAUAUAUUGAGUGCUUCUGUUUCAGUUCCAAAAACAUUGCAAAUAUAUGGACCUUGCUGCUUUAAGCUAAACUCUUUUUGGGACAAUUGUUUUGUAUUUCAGUCAUUUACGUUUCUCCUCUGCUCCUGACAUUGUUGCCAUCUAUUUGUAGUUGCCAACAAGGGCGUCUUCAGUCAUUGUGUUUACAGUAUUAUAUCCAAAAGCUUCAAUUGAGGAUCAAAAUUUAUGAGAUGGCUAAGUUGCAAGCAGGAGUACUGGAGUAACAUUAGUUAUCACCUAAAUUUAAAUUUUGAGAACUGUAAUUAAAAUUAACCCUUCAUUUAGCCUUAGUUAUGAAGUUUUAAAUGAGUC